AUGGGCAGAUCUGUUGACCUGCCAAAGCUCGGGGGACGUCCUGGGAUCUGGAAGGUGGUCACACUGUUCUCAAAGACUCCUCAGAAGAAGUUUACUGCAGACUUUGAGGUCAGAGAAUAUGUGCUUCCAACAUUUGAAGUGAAAUUAAAGCCCAGGAAGUCCUUCUUCUAUGUGGGUGAUGAGAGUCUGACAGUCGACAUUGAAGCCAAGUACCUGUUUGGACAGAAGGUGGAUGGAAAUGCGUUUGUGGUGUUUGGUGUGAUGGAAGAUGAGAAGAAAACAAGUAUUCCUGCAUCUCUGCAAAAAGUUCAGAUCGUGGAAGGAGAGGGUACUGCAGAACUGACCAAUCAGAUGAUCACUGACACCUUUCCAAACAUUAACCAGCUGGUUGGACGAUCAAUCUAUGUUUCAGUCAGUCUAUUAACAGAAAGUGGCAGUGAAAUGGUGGAAGCAGAAAGGAGAGGCAUUCAGAUCGUGACGUCACCGUACACCAUCCACUUCAAAAAAACACCACACUUCUUCAAACCUGGGAUGCCCUUCAGUGUCUCGGCAAAGACCAAAGAUCCAGAGAUAGAAGACAAUCAGCAGGCAGUGAGGAAGAUGACGGCUCAGGCCUACAAGACCAAAGGCAGCUCCAACAACUACCUGCACAUCGGCAUUGAUUCUGCUGAGCUUCAGAUCGGUGGUCCAAUGACAGUGAAUCUAAACACUGGACAGAUUCCAGGAGUCAGAAGUCAAUAUUUCACCUACAUGAUCUUGAGUAAAGGUCAGAUUGUAAAAGCAGACAGGCUUAAGCGAAGUGGAGAAUCACUAGUGACUCUGUCUCUGCCUGUAACCAAAGACAUGGUGCCGUCCUUCCGCUUUGUGGCUUAUUACCAUGUGGGCUCGUCUGAGGUGGUGUCUGAUUCAGUCUGGGCCGAUGUGAAGGACAUGUGCAUGGGAACGCUCCAGAUUGAGGUGAAGAAGGAGAAGGAGAAGAUGAAUAUCUAUGGCACAGGAGAAGAGGUCAAGCUGCAGAUAACUGGAGAUCCUGGAGCUAAAGUUGGUCUGGUGGUGGUUGACAAGGCUGUGCAAGUCCUUAACAAGAAGAGACUCACUCAGACUCAGAUCUGGGACGUCAUAGAGAAGCAUGACACCGGCUGUACAGCAGGAGGUGGGAGGGACAGUAUGGGGGUUUUCACUGAUGCAGGUCUGAUGUUUGCGUCCAACACUGCAGGAGGAACCGACACCAGAACAGCUGGUAAAUACUCCGGUGAACUGAAGCAGUGUUGCGUUGAUGGGAUGAGGGAUAAUAAACUCGGCUACACCUGUGAACGAAGAGCCACAUACAUCAUCGAUGGUGAAGAGUGUGUCAAGGCCUUCCUGGACUGCUGCAACCAGAUGAAAGAGAAGCAGGAGAAGCAGAUUCUGGUGUGUGUGGAGUUCAUGGAGACAGAAGAUGUUUGCAGCUUUGCCAGUAAGAAAGGCAAAUACAGAACAACAGUAUCUGUUGACAAAGGCUCCAGCAUAGCUGUUUCAUAUGUGAUUAUUCCCAUGACGCUGGGAAAUCAUGAUAUUGAGGUGAAAGCUGCAGCAUUUGAUUUCUCUGAUGGAGUGAGUAAGCCGCUGAAGGUGGUGUCUGAGGGUGUGCUGAUUUCACACAGAGAAAAUGUGGAGCUCAAUCCUGUUAAGAAUGGGGAAAAACCUUUAGUUUUUAAAUCUGUCAUACCAACUGGACGGCUUCCAGACACACCUGCUGACACGUACAUCGCAAUUACUGGUGUAGAGAUCGCUCAGACAGUCGAGCAGGCCAUCAGUGGAGACUUCAUGGGUCGUCUUAUUGUCCAGCCCACUGGAUGUGGAGAGCAGAACAUGAUCUAUAUGACUCUACCUCUCAUUGCCACUCAUUAUCUGGACAGCACCAAUCAGUGGGACACUGUUGGCAUGGAUCGCCGUAAUGAAGCUGUUAACCAUAUCAGAACAGGUUAUCAGCGGCAGCUGGUUUACCGUAAAUCAGAUGGAUCCUACGCUGCAUGGAGACACAGACCGAGCAGCACAUGGCUGACAGCAUAUGUGGCUAAAGUCUUUGCCAUGGCCAGUGAUUUAAUUCCUAUAGAGGAUAAAGUGCUCUGCAAUGCCCUUGAGUGGCUGGUUCUGCACAGACAAGUACAAGACGGCUCCUUUAAAGAGGAUUCAGCUGUAAUACAUGGAGAGAUGGUGGGUGACGUACAGGGCAAAGAUGCUGAUGCCUCGCUGACGGCCUUUGUCGUGAUUGCCAUGCAAGAGCAAGAGGCCAGAGAGAUCUAUGCUAAAGCAAGUCUGAAUGAAAGUAUCAGGAAAGCUGUUGUCUUCUUGGAAGGUCGACUUCCACAACUGACCAAUCCUUACGCUGUUGCAUUAACGUCCUACGCCAUGGCCAAUGCCAACAAACUCAAUAAAGACAUCUUGAUGAAACACUCCACCCAACAUGAAGCCGAUCGGUCCUGGACUGUCCCUGGACAGCACCAUCACUCACUAGAGGCGACGGCUUAUGCUGUGCUGGCGCUUGUGAAGGACAAAGACUUUGAUAAAGCAGGAGAAGCAGUGCACUGGCUGAACAGACAGCAGUCUCACUAUGGAGGAUCUGGCACCACUCAGGCGACCAUCAUGGUGUUCCAGGCCGUGGCAGAGUAUCGCACGCAGGUGAAGGACCGGCAAAACUUCAAUCUGAACGUGGAGCUGUCCGUGGCAGGAAGAAGCAAACCUGUCAGAUAUACUAUCAAAAGAGAGAAUGCACAUCUUACUUGGUCAGACAAGGUGGACAUAAACCAGGAGUUCAAUGUAACUGCUAAAGGAACUGGAACAGCCACUCUCUCAGUUCUGACGCUGUACUACGCCAGACCUGUUGAGAAGAAAUCUGACUGUACUUUCUUUGAUCUGACUGUUAAAAUGGAGAAAGACAAUGAAACAAAACAAGGAGCCAUUGAAACUUACAAGCUAACUAUGGAUUUCAUGUACAAUAGCAGCAUAACUGAUGCCACCAUGACUAUUCUGGAUAUUGGCAUACCGACCGGAUUUACUGCAGACGAAAAUGAUCUUAAAGCGUUGUCCACGGGAAAGGACAGAUACCUUCAGAAAUAUGAAAAAAAUACAGUGCUCUCAGAGCCAGGAUCCCUCAUCCUCUACUUAGAUAAGGUUUCUCAUAAAGAGCCAGAAAGAAUUGCCUUCAGAAUGCAAAAGCUGUAUAAUGUGGGUCUGCUACAACCUGCUGCAGUCACAAUAUAUGAAUAUUACUCACCAGAUGCACGCUGUACAAAGUUCUACCACCCCGAAAGGAAAGAUGGCGCAAUAUACAGAUUGUGUAAAGGAGACCUGUGCCAGUGUGCAGAAGGUAUCAUCAGCCACAAAUAACACCACUGCAACGAAAUAGUGUAAACAGGCACUAUCCUGUAGCAUUGUACACCUGGCAUUUUUGAACUUGUGAAACGCCUUAGAAAAG